AUGCCUAAAUACUAUUGUGAUUAUUGUGAUACAUAUCUCACUCACGAUUCACCAUCGAAAUGGAUGGAAGAGCAAGCACAGAAAUUAAUCGACCAAACAACAGCAGCUUAUAAAUCGGGUAAACUUACCAAUGCACCGUUUCCAAUGGGUGCACCUCGUUUAAUCAAUCCGAACAUUGCACCGCCACGACCUGGUAUGCCAGGUAUCGUACCGCCAUGGGCAUUCGCAAUACCACCGGGUAUGCCGCCGCUUGGCCCACCACCAAAUCCAGCAGCAAUGACAGCAUUGAUGACACUACGACCUCCACCUGGUAUGAUGCCACCGGGUAUUCCACCUCCAGUCGGUAUUCCACCGAUGCCGGUUCCAAAACCAUCAAAUGAAUAA